CUGCUACCUCCACAGUUCAGUCCCACCCGUUCAAGCAUGACAAUUUCCUCAUUAAUCGUUUCAUCAAGGGUUAAAACUCGCCUGUUCAUUAACCUACUAAUCAUACUUUAGCUAUCCUUUUGCUAUCGAUGCCUAUCACUCACCAGCGAAACGACUUCAUGUGACGUGCCACCCUAUCAGAAUCUACGACACUGCCCUGCAUCUGGCUCCUGAGCACAAUGGAGACCACCUCUGCCUCUCCUCCGCAGAAUCGUAGGUCCCAGGCACGUGUGCCGCAAGCAUGCCAAAUGUGCAAAAUAAAAAAAACAAAGUGUGGUCAGACUGUACCCUGUAAAAACUGUGAAUCCCAUGGCUGGACUUGUAUCUACGAGAAGAAGAAUCGAGGCAGUCUAUCAGCGCAUGGUACGAAGCGAAGCCAGGGUCAGAAGGCCGCGCUUGCAACGGACUCAGAAACUCCAGAUCUAGCAGUUUUACAAGAAGUAUCAGGAGCUCCAAGAGCCCAGAGUCUUUUAUCUAAAUCAGCAACCUUCAGCACUGCAGAAUCGGGAGAAAGUAUAUUCUAUGAAGACAACACGCCACCUGUAUCGUAUACCUCACUCCGAGACAGAGAAAAAGAGCGAGACGGUAAGGCACUCUCAAGUUUAGGGGAAGAUCUUGAAACUGUCUCCGGCGAAAAUUCGCAAGAGAGCGAGCCUUUACGCGAUGUCAAUCAGCACACGACGGGUAGAGAAUACUAUGGGCGCUCGUCAAACUUCGCCCUUCUCGGACAACUGUUUGCCCAUGCGCGCUCAAAGUUGUCUGCCAGUAGGAAUUCCGUGCCGUGUCAACAGUCAGAAUUGUUAGCAACUGCGGCUACCUCAGAAGGACCUAUCCGUAACUCUGGACUCGAUCCCCAUCGUCCGGCAGGAGAGAGUCAGACGACCAACAAAAGUCCACUGGGAGCUGAUAGGUUGUCUAUCGUCAACCUACUCUACGAUGAUGAAACAUCUGUCAGUGAACCAAAUUCAAAGCUCCUCGUUGCUACGCAUAAAGCAAACGUUCGACCAGACACUGCUGCUUAUGUACACAGUCACCCCCAAAAUAGAGAUACAGAUUCAAAUGAAUUCGCAACUACGGAUGAUUUUCACACUGCCAGGUUGGCAAACAAGACAGAACGAGUCGCCCCUGUUCACCCUUACAGGAGAGGGACUUUCCCAACUAAUCAAGCAAGCGAUAAUUACGGACGAAGUCGUACCGAGUUGGCAAUAGAGAAGGAAUACUUGAGAAUCUUCUUCACCAAUUUGUAUUAUAUUCAUCCUUUUCUUUCUCAAACGCAGUUUGAGGCACGUUGCGAAACAACGAUCUGGUCACGAUGGCCUUUGACGGAAAUAGCCCGAGGCGACUUACAUUUCGUCGCACUCUACAACGUUAUUCUGGCUGUUGGUUCACUCAUAGGAAGUCAGGACACAUUUAUGGGCCAUAGGAAGCAGCUAGAUCAUGAUCUCGGUGCUAGUCAUAGUGAUAUGUCAACCGCUACCUCGUCUAUCCAGCUUUCGAGGAUCUUUCUGGAUAGAUCAAAAAGGUUACUUGGGGAUUGCUUUGAAGUCUGCUCUUUAGAAAGCGCCCAAACACUGAUGUUAAUGUCACUGUAUUGGCAGAAUGCCUUGAAGCCUCAUGCUUGUUAUAUGUAUAGUGGGAUGGCUGUACGUACGGCUCUUGCCAUAGGAUUACCGGAUGCAUCGAUGCCUCAAUCGGUUGAAUGGCGAAACUCCGCGAGAAAAACUUGGUGGGCAAUCUAUUCUCAAGAAGUUGAUAUGUGUUGUUCCUCUGGACGAAUGAGCAGUCUGUUGGAUCCAUCAAGCUAUGAUAUUUCCUUCCCUGAGAUCAGUGGCACAUCAAACUCCGCUAAAACCGACACUGAAGCAAACCACGUCGCCAUCAUUCCAGAAAUGGUUAAAUUUGCAGCGCUUCUGUUAAGAGCAUCGAAAGAGAUAUAUCAUGAGGCAAAGCAUCUAUCCAUGCUAGAAAAAUCGAAGAUUGCGUUUGACCUGGAUUCAUGCUUUACAGAAUGGAGAAACAACCUUCCUUCAUGGCUCGGUCCUGGUUCGAAUGCUCUAAAAGAGCCUGAAUGGGUUGGCAAACAAAAGCUUGUCUUAGAACUCCGAUAUCAAAAUGCCAAAAUACUGCUGCAUCGGCCAUUCGUAGCUGCAUCUGACGUUCAACAGUCCCUUGGCUUCGGCGCCAACGUCGAAGCCUGCCUCACCGCCGCCCGUCGCACAAUCAGCCUUCUCUAUGAGUCCUACCUCCACCGCCACUACUUCCGUUCGUGGCGCUACAACACCACCUACACGAUCUACGCCGCCACAAUCAUCCUAUACCUGAUCCUGCUCGACUACAGUGUCGUCUCCACUGAAGACCUGCUCGCUGACGUCCAGAAAUCCCUCGACAUCCUAGCCUCUAUGGACGAGGCACGCGUUGCACGCCGCUGCUUCGACCUCAUCCAGGAACUGCUGGAAUUUACACAGAGCCACGUUCGGCAGCGCCAGCGGCUUGAGCGCCAGGAUACCCGUCAUGCGCAAUAUCCGCUUUCCAUGCAGGAUCCUGUGCCUAGAUUUGAGAUGGACAGAAGUGUAGAGGCGAAUCAGGGGUUCUUAAGUCCCGCGCAAUCGAAUAUGGAUGGUGCUACUUGGGCGAUGAAUCCUUCGAUGAGCGGGAUAUGGGCGAGCAUGAUGGAUCCCAUAGCUCUGGAGGGCUUUGUAGUCGGCGACGAACCGAUUGAGGGGAUGGUGUAUGAUAACUCUUGGUUUGGGGCGAUGUGAUGUGAUGCAAUAGGCAAUUGGAGCAAGGCAGAGAGUACUAGUCGUUCCUUUCCCGUUCGCUGUCGGCCAAGUGACACAAAUAAGUAGUCUGAUUUAUGAUCUACUGGAAACCUAGCUUUGGAAAAUUGAAUCAAAUUUCCGAGUUCACACGGAGGCAUUCCCCUUUGCAAUCGAAACAACCAGCGUGCUCCCCUCGACUCCCACAACUCCAACUGUUACGAGGCACUGCGACUACAAUCGUCUGAUUUUAUUGCUCAAGAACUCACCCAUCACGCAGCGGUUUCUCAUUUUCAGAGGCGAAUCCGUCUUUGCGCAAAGUUCACUACUUAUAGGUACUUGAGUGGGAACCGGAUAGCGGCCCCUCAUUGUCAUCCUUUGAUGAAAGAAGUUCGAUAAAUGUAGUAGUAUCAUGCGAUACAAUAGAAUCGCAAGCAUGGCAACAAGUUUGUUGGUAGCGCCCUAUGUGUGUGUAGGUUUAGCAAAGUCAUACGA